UCAAGCCACACAAGCAGACAUGGCAUUUAAAUUCAUCGCUUUCGCCGCCCUUGUGGCCUGCGCUAACGCUGGAGCCAUCAGCUCGGCUGCCUAUUCCGCUGGCAUCAGCCACGCCGCUCCCCUGGCCUACAACAGUCAUGCUGCCCCUCUGACGUACAGCAGUCACGCCGCUCCCCUGGCAUACAGCAACCACGCUGCUCCCCUAGCCUACAGUAGCCACGCCGCGCCUCUGGCUAUCCAUGCCGCUCCCCUGGCCAUACACCAUGCCGAAGAGGACCACUACGACCCACACCCCCAGUACAACUUCGCCUACAACGUGCACGACUCGCACACUGGAGACGUUAAGAGCCAGCACGAGGAACGCGACGGUGACGUCGUCAAGGGCAGCUACUCUCUCGUCGACCCCGAUGGCACCAAGCGCACCGUCGAGUAUACUGCCGACUCCCACAACGGAUUCAACGCCGUCGUCCACAAGGAACCCCUUCACCACCACGUCGCCGUCAAGACCGUUGCACCCGUGGCCUACCAUGCGGCCCCAGUUGCCCACUACGCUCAGGCUCACCACCACGAGCCUCUGGCUUACGCUGGACAUGCUGGCUACUCUUACCAUCAUUAAGAGUUGAUCUAGUGCAAUUAGAACCAGUGUAUAUGUAUAUAACCGAUGCGUGAAUGUGAGUGCUACAAAGCAUUAUAUUGUAAAUAGAUUGAAGAUGAAUGUCACACUUGAAGUUUUUUCAUGAAUUUCUUUGUAUUUUUGUAAAUUUCGUCGAGUUAGCUUUGUAUACUAUUUUAUGUAUAAUAUAGCAACAAUAAAAACUAUUUCAUCUUGUCUCCAAAA